AUGGGCGAGCGACGCGGCAGCGCUGCCACAGGCAUCUCCGACCUGCCCGAGCUAUCGAGGAGCCGAAGCAACGUGGCGGCCAACAACCGUCUCCUGGAUCCCGAAGCGGGCUUCUCGGGGGCCAAUCCAAACUUCAAGCGAAAGAAGUCGCUCGUAAGGCCAGACCGAGAACGCAUGGACCCGAGCCACCGGCAGUGGUACUACCGCAACCACGCAGCCAACAUGGACGCCGUCGACGCUUCUGGCCGCCAGGCUGGGUUCAGCUACAUGCCCUCCAAGACGGGCCACCUGCCCCAGCAUGGCGCAGCACCUGUUGGCUACGACGUCAACAGCUUCCAAGGCCCCGGUGGCGGUAUCAGCGGCCUUGGCAUGGGUCCCUCUGGCCCCAGGACAGGCCUGGGACAGGCACCCCCGCAGAACAUUCCGCCAGGUGGUCUCGGUCGGCCACUGCCGCCAGGCCCUGGCUUUGGAGGAGGUGGUGGACUCGGUGGCGCCGGCGGCCUUCGCAGAGGCAAGUCCAUCCUGGGCAGAGACGAGGACCAGGUCGAGUCGAGCCUCAACAUCCUCAAGCGCGGUGUGAGCCUUCGUCGAAGCCGUAGCCAGUCGCGCAAAGAGGUGCCGCGCGAUCUCGACGAGAGCACCAGCUACCGGUCCAAGAUUGCACCCGGACCCGUCGGUCCCUGGAUGAUGUACUGCUACGUCCUGACGAUUUGCUGCCCUGCCCCUUUCCUCUCCGUCUUUGGCAUGAAGACGCCCGAGCAGCAGCGCGCCUGGCGAGAAAAGAUUGGUCUCGUGAGCAUCAUUGCGCUUUGCAUGGCCUUUGUCGGUUUCAUCACUUUCGGCUUCACCCAAGCCGUGUGCGACACCAAGCAGACGCGCUACUACGCCGGCAAGAUCGACACUGGUUCCACCGUCUUCCAUGGCUACGACUACAACUUCAACAGCUUCUUCCACCCCACCAACGUGGGGCCCUUCGGCGCCAACACGCCCUACAACCACACGAACCCGGCCUACUCGGACCCUUGGCUGACGGGAAGCAAGGACGCUUCGAUGCUCUUCCAAAAGGUCGGCGACAAGUGCACCAACUUCCUCAACAACACCUCUGGUGGCGGCCAGCCAACGAGGUACUUUACCUGCACCGUCUACCAGCAAAACGGCAAUGUGUACCGGACGAACAACACGUGGUGCCACGACACGACGGUGACUGCCAACUUCCUCCAGCCAAAUUACCCUCUUCGCAAGGGCCAGGUUUCGUGGGAUUGGAAGGACGUUCAGGACCCGGCUCGCAACCUGGCCGUGUGGAAGGGCGCCGUCAUUGACUUUUCGCGUCUCAACAACCUGCUUCCCAAUGUUAGCAGGCCUGCGCUCUUCACCGAGCUCUCAAAUCGAAAUGCGCAGUACGCCGGCAAGGACGUCAGCGCCAUGGUGCUCCGAUCCAAACAGGACGACGUCUUUGACUGCCUCGAGCAAAUUAUCAGCGUGGGCUACAUCGACUCCAUGUCGAUUGGCUGCGUCGCCUCCAAGGUCGAGCUCUAUGUCUCGCUCGUCUUCAUCAUUGGUGUUGUCGCCAUCAAAUUCAUGAUGGCCGUUAUCUUUGGUUGGUUCCUCAGCUGGCGUCUGGGCAAUUACGCAAACGAGACGUACGAGGAACGGAUGAAGCGAGCAGCUGAGAUUGAGCAAUGGACGGACGAUAUCUACCGUCCUGCUCCCGCCGGUUACCGUCCCAACGCCAAGAAGCACCGCACUCUGCUGCCUACGACGAGUCGUUUCAGCACCUACAACUGGGCUGACAGCAGCAACAAGUCUACCCCCAAGGCUGGCCAGGCUCGCACGGCUCUGUCAGAGAAGGGAGGCACUCGUAGCCCCAGCUCUCGGCCAGGGCCUCUGAGCGUCACCUCGCCCCUUGGAACCCCGCCUGGCUCGCCCUCGCUUCACGGUGUUCGCAGCUCCACCUCGCUCGCCCAGGCCGGCCGAGACUUCCAGUCGUACAGCCACGGUUCCAGACGGUCUUCCUUCUCCAACGAUGUCAGCGGUGUCCACUCGGGUAUCAUGGGCGCUUGCCCCUUCCCCCUUCACGACGUUGUCCCGCAGCCGCCGCCCGACUACCAGCCGUUCAACUUCCCUCUGGCCCACUCCAUCUGCCUCGUCACGGCAUACUCGGAAUCCUUUGAAGGUCUUCGAACUACGCUCGACUCGCUGGCUACGACCGACUACCCCAACAGCCACAAGCUGCUUCUUGUCAUUGCAGACGGCAUCGUCAAAGGCGCCGGCUCGGAGAUGUCGACGCCCGACAUCUGCCUUUCGAUGAUGAAGGACUUUGUCGUUCCCCCCGAGGAAGUCGAGGGCAACUCUUACGUGGCCAUCGCCGAUGGAUACAAGCGCCACAACAUGGCCAAGAUCUAUGCCGGAUUCUACGAGUAUGACGACGAGACGGUCGAACGCAGCAAGCAGCAACGGGUGCCCAUGAUUCUCGUGGCCAAGUGCGGAACGCCCAUGGAAGCCGAUAGCGCGAAGCCGGGCAACCGAGGAAAGCGUGACUCUCAGGUCCUGCUCAUGGCGUUCAUGCAGAAGGUCAUGUUCGACGAGCGCAUGACGCUCUUUGACUACGAGUUCUUCAACUCCAUCUGGCGCGUCACCGGCAUCUCACCCGACCACUUUGAGAUUGUGCUGAUGGUCGACGCAGACACUAAAGUGUUCCCCGACUCGCUCAGCCGCAUGGUGGCCUGCAUGGUGGAAGACCCGGAGAUCAUGGGACUGUGCGGCGAGACAAAGAUUGCAAACAAGGCUGAGACCUGGGUGACGAUGAUUCAAGUCUUCGAGUACUACAUCUCGCACCACCAGACCAAGGCCUUUGAGGCUUGCUUUGGCGGUGUAACGUGUCUGCCUGGUUGCUUCAGCGCAUACCGCAUCAAGGCGCCCAAGGGUCCUAAUGGCUACUGGGUCCCCAUCCUGGCCAACCCGGACAUUGUGGAGCACUAUUCGGAGAACGUCGUUGACACGCUGCACAAGAAGAAUCUGUUGCUGCUGGGCGAGGAUCGUUACCUGACGACGCUGAUGCUCAAGACGUUCCCCAAGCGAAAGAUGAUGUUCGUACCGCAAGCAGUGUGCAAGACGAUCGUUCCCGACACGUUCCGCAUCCUGCUCUCGCAGCGACGUCGAUGGAUCAACUCGACGGUCCACAACCUGUUUGAGCUCGUCAUGGUCAACGAUCUUUGCGGUACCUUCUGCUUCUCGAUGAGAUUCGUCGUCUUCAUGGAGCUGGUCGGUACGCUCGUCUUGCCGGCCGCCAUCGCAUUUACGCUCUACGUCAUUGCCAUUGCCAUCAAGGGUCCCGUCGUGCCUACGGUGCCCCUGGUUCUUCUCGGUAUCAUUCUGGGUCUGCCAGGUCUUCUCAUCGUCGUCACGUCGCGCAAGAUUGCUUACGUCGGAUGGAUGCUCAUCUACCUCUUGUCGCUCCCCAUUUGGAACUUUGCCUUCCCCUCGUACGCUUUCUGGCACAUGGACGACUUCUCAUGGGGUGCCACCCGUAUUGUCCAGGGCGACAAGAAGGGCUCGAAUCAUGGCGAUGCAGAGGGCAAAUUCGAUCCGACCAACAUCAUUAUGAAGCGCUGGGCCGAGUUCGAGCGCGAGCGCCGAUGGAAGAGCGGAACACACUCGAGGGACUCGACCUACGACGUCGUCCAGCGCACUGGCUCCCCUGAACGAUCCGGCAGCACGAGAUACAGUGUCGUCUCGUCCGACACCUACCACUCGAACCCGUCUUCGCUGCCUACCGAUGCAGCAAACCGGCUGCUGUCUGGCCUCGGUCUCGGCGACCGCAGCAGCAAUGGCAACGGCGGAUCCGGUGGGCACGGCACACAGGACGGAUCCGAAAGCGGGCACGCCAAACAGGUGUCUGGUGGCGCUCGAGCCAGGCUCGACUCUGUUCCCCUGCUGGAGCUGCCGGCGCCUCUGGGUCCUGACGCGGGAGGCAAGCCGAGGGCCCUGGCAGCUGGCGGUGUUCCUGGGUCAGUCACUGUGCCUCGUCCGCGGGACCUGUCUCCUUCCACGUCAAAUGCUGCCAGUAUCGCCCAGCGCGCCCCGGCGCCGCACCAUCCCUACGAGUCGUAUCCCUUCACCAGUGACGAGGAGAACCGUCCGAUGAUGGGUUCGCCCAUCGGUUCGCCCGACCUCAACGACUCCUCGAGCAACGGAGGAAUGCCUCCUCGUGGUCUGACCUCGAUGUCGCAGUCGUUCUACGACCCUGUCCGGCAUGGAAACGUCAGCAGCGAGCAGAGGUACCCAGGCGUUGUCGAGGCCCACUUUGCCCAAGGCUUUACGGCUGAGCCAGAGGAGCAGGAGAGCCUUCCGGCCAACGCCGUUGGUUCGUCCUCGCAGCAGCACCGUUCGAGGCCCUCGAGGGGUUUCAGCCUCGUCGAUGACGGACCCGUGGCAUCGCCCCAGGGUGUUCGCCAGGUGACGAGGGGAGCACGGAGAAUGUCGUCGGUCAACCAAGGAUCGCAGGCACCGACCUCGCCUUCGGCCGCUUCGCAAUCGUCGGCUGCGCCAACGAAUUAUGCUUCAGAACGUGGAAACGGACGCUUCUCUCGCCACUAG